AUGGCCGUCGUCGUUGUCCCCACGCGAGAAGCAGCUCGUCGUUUCGUCGUUUUUUCAGCCGAACGACGCGUGGGAGGCAAAGGAAAAGGAGGAAGAAGGAGGAGGAAAAGCAGAAGUCGUUCCAGACUGAAUGCGAGGAGAAAAAGCGGCGACGACGAUAUAGAUGAUGAUGAAGAUGAUGAGAGUAGUGUUAUUCACGAGGACAGGAUAAACAGCAGCGACAGCAGUGAGUCGUCUUUUUCUUCUGCUGCUGCUGCCGAUGAUGACGAUAAUAAGAAUACAAAAGAACAGUUGAAAGAAGAAGAUUCAGAAAGUUUCCUGUACGAAGAAGUGGAGGAAGAAAUCGAAGUGGAAUACACGGCGAUGGACCACGUUUCAGAUUUUAUUGCGGAAGUGCGAGACAAGCGGAAUGAAAUCAGUCGAGCGUGUUUCGGCAGUUUUGAGAGAGCGCCAGUAACGCCGGAGUAUUUGAGAAGUUCGAGAGGACGGUUGGACGCGCCGACGGAACUGAUAUCGCUGGCGUUGGUAUCGGUUGCGUUGGCGGUUUCCAAGACCGUGCGAACGAAUAAAGAGAAGAAGGAGACGUUUAUUCGAAACGAAAAGUGGACGGUAGUGAAAGCGUUUCAGGAGUUGAAAAGAAUAGACGGUCAAGAGAACGACGCUUCGGUGGAAAUGCGAUUGUACGACGAGGGGGAUUUAAGACGCGACUUGGAAAAGAAACAGAAAAAAUUGGACGAGAAACGCGCGAAGGAAUUGGAGAGACGCGAGUUGAGAGACGAAAAAGAACGCUUAAGAGAGGAAGAGGAAGAGAAGGAGCGACAGAGAUUACUCGAGAUUGAGCGUAAAAAAGAAGAAGAGGAAGAACGAAAACGAGAACAAGUACGCGCCGAAUUUCGAUUGAAACAAGCCGAGGAGCAAGAGCGGUUGAAAAAACGCGAAGAAGAAGAAGCGGCGAGGAAGAGGAAAGAGUUGGAGGAGGAUAGGAAACGGAGAGAGGAAAAGAUGCGAUUGGAACGAGAGGCUUUAGAAGCGGAACGAUUGCGACGAAAGAAAAUAUCGGAAGAGCGCGAGGAAAAAACGUUUGACAUUCAGGCGAACAUUAAAGUCGAAGCGAGGAGGAAAAACGGCAAGUGCGAAGUGACGGCCUCGUGCAGAGUGGAGUUAUCAAACACGUGCGAAGUCGCGGAAACGUACGAAUCGACAGAAUUGGCGAGAUUGCAAAUGUCCUGGGCCUCGAAGUUAUCCGGCGAAGCCAUGAAAGCGUAUAAAAGCGACCAGAUUUUGAAGAAAAUGAUGGGCGAAGGCAUUUUGUCCAAGACGCCUACUUUUUCAGACUUGGAAUUUGAACACUGGAUGAAACUCGUCAGAGUUCGAUUGGACAGAGAAUUACGAACGACUGGUUUACGCGCAGUUGCUGGACUCGAAGCGAACAAGUUGACCAAAAACGACAGCUUCGUUGAACGAGAAGUGACGUUUUCGAGAGCGCUGUUACCUGCAGAAGAUCCAGAAAACGUCGAGACGCGAAUACAAAACGCUAUUCGGUUACUCAUCGACCAAGUCGAAUCCAAGAAUAAAAAUAAAGACGGCGAUGCUAACGAUGGUGGUGGUGGUGGUGAUAAUGACGACGACGACCCGUACCUUCUCGGCGAUGGAGACUCCCCGGCCCUUGUCGACGAGGCGAUAGAUCCCAGGAAAAGCCCGACGGCAAUUUUAAAUCGACUUUCCGAACACGAGCUCGCGCAAAUGCACGGGUUAGAUCCAUCUCUGGUAUUCCCCGCAGAAACAGACGGUUUGACCACUGAAUUGAACGGUCGCGUUUUAUCCGGAAUCUUAACCGCGUCUCUUUUUGUCAAAAUCCUUCGCAGCGUCACCAAAGACGCGAAACCGGAAGUUUUACGACGGGGCACGCAGAUGGCUACCUCUUUAGUCGGUCGAUGCGCCAACGACGAAGGAAACUGGCGUGCCAUGUAUUUAGACGGUUUUCGCGGCGAUGCAUUGGAAGCCGGCGCUUUGAUGGCUCGAGAAGUUAUUCCAGACGAAGAGAACGAUAUCGUUUUAUUAAACAUCUUCGCCGCUCUGGAGGCGAUGGAAAAAGCGAAAAACCGACGCCCGGAGGAAGCGGGCGAAAUGAUCGAUAAAGAAGUGCUGAGAAAAAUGAAAGCGCAGCGACGAAUGAAUGCGGUGCCAAUCACCGAAAGGUUAUUCGCCACGCGAAACGCGGCGAUUCAGUUAGCCGGAAGUGGUUCCGUCGAGCAAGGUCGGGCGAUGUUGGAGGAAGCUUACGCGUUGCGAGUGAACCACGUGGAGAAAAGACGCAAAGAGUUAGGGUUGACUGCAAACGACGAACGGUUUGGUAUUCCAGAAACUUUGCCAGAGCUGAAAGCGCUGCUCUUUGUUUUAGAAUACGGCGGCGGCGCGUGGGAAGCUGACAAGAAAGGCGUGCAGAAACAAGUCGUGAAAGCGGUGUACGAGGCGUGCGAAAACGGGGCGAUGAAGAAAGACGCUGAGAAGGCGUUGGCGACGUUUGCAGCCGUUCGACGCUCGUUUAUAUUUGAAGAGAAGGAUUCUGAAUUCGGUCGAGAGUGGGAAGAGAAAUUGUUCGAGAAAUUCAAUCAAACAGGAAACGAAGGCGAGGACGAAGAGGAAGGAGGAGGAGGAGGAAAACCUAGCGUGCAGGAGAUCAUCGAAAAAUAUUACCCGAGAGGCGUCUCGGACGCGCUCGAGUUUGCCGUGCAAACGUACGACGCCGAAAUCGAGGCGCGCAGGAAAGUAUAG